UUUAUCACAUCUUACUGCUAUCCGCUAACCACGAAGAAACAAAGCGGCCUGCGUGAGUUUCAGUGGAUCCGGUUGAUUGGGUGAAGUCGAGAUUCGAGGCAGAGCAGGGAGGAAGACGAUAGUCAAGAAUGGAGGUGGGAUUCCUGGGUCUAGGAAUCAUGGGCAAAGCCAUGGCUGUCAACCUCCUCCGUCACGGAUACAGUGUCACCGUCUGGAAUCGGACACUCUCCAAGUGUGAGGAGCUAGUGGCGAAAGGUGCUUCUAUUGGGAAGACUCCUGCACUUGUUGUUAACAAGUGCAAGUACACAUUUGCCAUGCUAUCUGAUCCUAUUGCAGCUCUCUCGGUUGUCUUUGACAAAGAUGGGGUGCUUGAGCAAAUCUCCACAGGAAAAGGAUACAUAGAUAUGUCUACAGUUGACGCAGAUACUUCAUCAAAAAUCAGUGAGGCAAUUACAGAGAAGGGUGGCUGUUUUCUUGAAGCUCCAGUGUCGGGCAGCAAAAAGCCUGCUGAAGAUGGUCAGCUAAUAAUUCUAGCAGCCGGUGAGAAGGCAUUGUAUGAUGAAGUUGUACCUGCCUUUGAUGUACUAGGAAAAAGAUCGUUCUUCCUAGGGGAUGUAGGAAAUGGAGCAAAAAUGAAACUUGUUGUGAAUAUGAUUAUGGGCAGCAUGAUGAAUGCAUUGUCUGAGGGACUGAGUUUAGCUAAUAGUAGUGGAUUGAGCCAGCAAACGCUCCUGGACGUAUUGGAACUGGGGGCAAUUGCGAAUCCCAUGUUCAAGCUUAAGGGCCCUGCAAUGAUCCAAAGCAGCUACCCACCUGCAUUUCCCCUGAAGCAUCAGCAGAAAGACAUGAGGCUGGCACUUGCUCUUGGCGAUGAAAAUGCUGUCUCAAUGCCUGUUGCUGCCGCAGCUAAUGAGGUUUUUAAGAAGGCCAUAAGUAUGGGACUAGGAGACCAGGAUUUCUCAGCUGUGCAUGAAGCAGUGAAGACUGCCCAAGAUCCAGACAAUGCAUGAAAACAGGUCCCAGAACUAUCAAAUUGCACCUGCAUUAUGUCAAGUGACUGAUAAAACAAACAUUUCAUCAUUGUAUAACCACAUAUUUCUUUAGAUUCAUUCGGUGUUUUGAUUCUGAUAUUAUAAUCCAAGAUUGUUUUACUAA